AUGACACCUAUUCGAGGCGCGCUGAAGUUGGUACUCCGCCUCGCCUACAAUGGUACUCAGAGAUUCCGAACUACUUCGUCACAAGCACGGGGCGCGCGAUCGCUAUCACUGUUCCGAAAAAAUACAAACGUCAACUGUCAAAAUUUUCCCGCCCGCGCGCCGGUGCGUUCCGAAACGCGCGUGGUAUGUAUUUACAUGCAUUUUAGCGUUACACGCGAGCCGGUGGGAACACGUGUGCCCGGUCUGUCGGUCCAGCGGUCAUUGAGGAUCUGCUAUCAAAACUAUACGGCGUGCUUGGAUGUGUGCGCCGAACCGGCCGGGGCGUAUGCCAGGCAUACGAAACAAGCUUCCAACUAUACGGUGCGACUCGGC